AUGGCUAGCUGUUUACGACGUAACCAACCUGGGAAUCGCCCCGACUUCCAGUGUGUGUCCUUCAAGAGGAAGGAUGGUAUUUAUGAUGAAAACAACCUCACUUUCUGCUUGGGCAGACAAAGGCGCACCCUAAGCCUUGCUGAUUUUGCUUUAAGGAAGGAGGUUUAUCUUCCGUCUGAGGCACACUGGAAUGAAAUUGCGUAUGAAGCUUACAAAAAAGGCACUACACAAGAAAGUGACAUCCACUCACCUUUACAUCACCUAUUACACUGCCUCAUCACGAACACCACCAAUCAGCGCCAGGAGGGGGAUAAGUGCCCGACUAUGAACAUGUUUUUCUUAUGGGCUCUUAUAUCUUCUGAUGCUUAUGUCGACUUACCCUUCCUUUUGGCGGAUUUUAUUAUGGAACGGGUGGGCAAGGAUAGGCAACGGUCUCCUUCCUAUGUUUUUACUAUUCCUAAUGACACUCCUCGUGACCGACCUGGGAAGCGGGUGAGACAGCUAGCAAGGGGACCUGAAGGAGAUGAGCUGCCAGUCAUAUCGACCGAGGAUGAGAUGUCCAUGGACCCUUAUAGUGUUGCGCAAAGAAGAUUGACAACUUGGCAUGGAAGGGGAAUUACACCAACAUGA